AUGGCGGCGCUCCAGGUGCGACUCGGCGAGCUUUCCGCCGCCGCCGCCGCCGAUGCGUUCUCGGUUGGGGAGCACGGGUUGCUGCUUGCGGACCUCAGCCCCGCAAGGCCGCAUGGGAGGAGCGCGUGGCGCUGCUGUAGGGCCUCGCUGCGACGUACUCUGGCAUCUGACGCCCUUCUCGCGUGCGUUGGGGUUGCGGGAGGCGCGCGGACGCCGAGCAUAGGCGAGGGCGCCGGGAGAUGUGAGUCUGGAGCAGCGGCGGAGAGGAAACGAGGCGAGAAGUCAGCGUUGGGAAACGCGAAGCGUCGCGUCGCGGGCGCUGCGCCUGGCACCCGCCGCCGCAUCAGGAGGGAAGGGGAGAGAGAGAGAGAGAGGAAGGGGAGGGCGAGAUGGAGACAUAAAUGUAUUCUAGAGGACGCCUUCGGAAGAUGGUCUCUAUCAAUGAUUCUUAACGGUGUUGGUCCUGCGUACGCCACCAAAAAUGGUGUUGCCAGUCCUGUCUCUGAAAAUCAAAAAGAAAUCUAG